AUGGUGUCUGCUUCCAAAGCUGCUCGCCAGGCCAAGCGUGCCGCCGAAGGUGGCGAGAAGAAGACCUCUAAACUAGCAGCCAAGAAGGCAGCCAAGGCUGGAGAGGAGACUCCCGAGUUGCAGGAUGGCGAUGGAGACGCUAUCCCUACCGGCGAUGAACCCGCGACCAAUGCGAAUAAGAUGAAGGAGGUUGAUAAGCUGACUGCACAAAUGGAUAAGCAUGGUCUAUCGGACCGAGUUACAACUGGUGUGUUGGCUUCAAUGGCCUCAUCACGCGAUGUCAAGAUCACCUCUGCCUCCUUGGUUUUCCACGGCAAGGUUCUUUUCAACGACAGCACCCUCGAGCUCAACUAUGCCCGACGCUACGGCCUGCUUGGUGAGAACGGAUGCGGUAAGUCGACGCUUUUGAAAGCCAUCGACAAGCGCGAGUUCCCCAUCCCGGAGCACAUCGAUAUUUACCUUCUGAAUGAAGGCGCCCCACCAAGUGAGCUUGGUGCUUUGGAAUGGGUUGUAAAGGAAGCCGAGAACGAGUUGGAACGUAUGGAAAAACUUGCUGAAGAUAUCUUGGAGAAAGACGGUCCUGAAAGCCCUGUCUUGGAAGAUUUAUACGAGCGUAUGGAAACUAUGGAUCCAUCGACCUUCCACACUCGUGCGUCUCUGAUCUUAACGGGUCUUGGAUUCAACAGUACUACUAUCCACAAAAAGACAAAAGACAUGUCCGGUGGUUGGAGAAUGCGUGUCGCUUUGGCUAAGGCUCUUUUCGUCAAGCCGUCCUUGUUGUUGCUCGACGACCCAACUGCUCACUUGGAUCUUGAAGCCUGUGUCUGGCUUGAAGAAUACCUUAAGAAGUGGGAACGUACCCUUGUUCUUGUGUCUCAUUCCAUGGACUUCUUGAAUGGUGUUUGCACAAACAUGAUCGACAUGCGCAUGAAGCAACUCCUGUACUACGGUGGUAACUAUGAUUCCUACCACAAGACUCGAUCUGAGCAGGAAACGAAUCAGAUGAAGGCAUACACCAAACAGCAGGAAGAAAUUGCCCAUAUCAAAAAGUUUAUUGCUUCUGCUGGUACUUACGCCAAUUUGGUCCGUCAAGCUAAGUCGCGUCAAAAGAUUCUUGACAAGAUGGAGGCAGAUGGUUUCAUCCAGCCCGUCAUUCCCGACAAAGUAUUUUCUUUCCGUUUCGCCGAUGUCGAGAAGCUUCCUCCCCCUGUGUUAUCGUUUGAUGACGUGACUUUCUCGUAUUCUGGAAAGCCUGACGAUACGCUAUACGAGAACCUUGACUUUGGUGUUGACAUGGAUUCCCGUACUGCUCUAGUCGGACCUAAUGGUGUUGGUAAAUCAACCCUUCUUCGUAUCAUGACUGGAAAGUUGAGCCCCAACAGCGGUCGUGUGACCCGUCACACUCACUUGAAGAUGGGUCUCUACAGUCAGCACUCUGCUGAGCAGUUGGAUUUGACCAAGUCCGCUCUCGACUUCGUGCGGGAUAAGUUCAGCACAAAGAGCCAGGACUACCAAUACUGGCGUCAACAGCUCGGUCGUUAUGGUUUGACUGGUGAAUCUCAGACUGCGCUUAUGGGUACAUUGUCCGAGGGACAGAAGAGCCGUAUCGUCUUCGCAUUGCUCGCUAUUGAAGCGCCAAACAUGCUGCUUCUAGACGAGCCGACUAACGGUCUCGAUAUCCCUACUAUUGACAGUCUUGCAGAGGCUAUCAAUGCCUUCAGCGGCGGUGUUGUCGUUGUGUCUCACGAUUUCCGUCUUCUGGACAAGAUUGCCAAAGAUAUCAUGGUCUGCGAGCACAAGACCGUUCGCCGAUGGGACGGCAGCAUUGGCGAGUACAAGAACUACCUGCGCAAGAAGAUGGUUGAAGCCGGAGCAGUCUAA